UGAAUGUGUGACGGAAUCUAUUCAAUCUGUGUUCAAAUAUCUGCAAGUUUUAGAUAUACUUUAUUGUGUUUUAUAUUGUAAAUAUUCAAUUGAAUCAAAACAUCACUUUAAAUCAUCUCAAUAGGGAGUCCAGACAUUUAAACUUGUAUUCAACAUAUCAUGAAUGACAACGAAAUCAACUGUUUCUGCGUUGAAGUUAACGGUUGGACCGUUUGGGCCGAAAAGUUUGGUUCGGGACCCAAAACCGUGCUAUUAAUACCCGGAGCUAUUGGGACCGGAAGGACAGACUUUUUGGAAGUAUUGGAAGGAGAGGACGAACUUAAUUAUGAUAAAUUUACAUUGAUCGCUGUGGAGCUGCCCGGUUGGGGCCGAUCCCGACCUCCCGUUAGAAAGUAUGGCACCGGUGUCUAUGAUAAUGACGCGGAAUGUCUUCAUCAACUUAUGCAGGAAUUAAAUUACAAUAAAUACUCAAUAAUCGGUUUGUCUGACGGCGCGAAUGUAGCGCUUCGUAUGGCAACUAAAUAUCAACAAUCGGUUGAGUCCUUAAUAUUGGUUUCCGUUUAUACUUUUAUGGGAAACGAAAGUCUGAAAGCAUUGACUUCUUCUCAAAGCGUCGACAACUGGAAUAAAGACAAACUCCAGUCAUAUCUCCAAAGCUAUGAUAACAAGGAUGUAAUCCAACAGUUGUGGACUAAAUAUAUAAAGUUUAUUGAAUACUUUAACCAAUACUUUCCGGACAACAAAAACAACUACAAGUCAAUUAAAUGUAAAGUUCUUCUUAUGUACGGCGAAAAGGGUGAACACAAUUGUCACCAAAAGUUUUCAUCCAUUUUCAAGGAUGUGGUCGAAGACUAUCUGUUGGAACAGUUCCACGAAAAGGAAGGCGACGAAGAGAGGAGGGGAGCUAUCAAAGCAUUUAUGAAAUAG